AUGGGAGGUCAAGCGUCUGUUGCAGCUACAAUGGCCUUGGAGGAUGGUAGCUUUCACGGCAUGAGUGCAAAUAUGGAGGGAAGCGGUGCUCAGCAGUCCGAGGAAAUUCCACAGUGGGUUCUUCUGAGGUACAAGCUGAAGUACAACGACAAAUGGAUGGGAUGCAGGCUGAACUACGCGGAGGGCACGAAGGCGCUCAGCAUCCAGGUGAGCCUCGAGAACUUCCUCAACAACGACGCAGAGGGCAAGAAGGUGCUCAGCGUCCAAGUGAGCCUCCGGAACUUCCUCAACAACGACCUGGAGGGCACGAAGGUGUUCAGCAUCAAGGUGAACUUCGUGGUCCUUCUCAGCAGCACCCUGGAGGGCACGAUGGAGAUCAGACGCGGGCCACAGCUGUACCACGCGGUGAACCAGGCCUUCAAGAUCAACGAGCUGCUCAACCUCCGAGUACAGCAACUUCAGGCUGAAAUGAGACGGCUUGAGGAAUCUCCAGAGCAGUGCAAACCGGGUACGACUACGCUCCCGGCGCUGGCUCCCCCCAACGGGAAUGAAAGUGCAGUGGCGCUUCAGGAACGAGCCCAGCAGAGCUACAAGAUGUGGGCGGCGGCGGGGCCUUACGAGAGGCUUGCCCUGAAGCCUCCAGCUGCAGAUGACUUGGAGAAAGGGAAGUACUCUCGAUUGAGUGCCCGCACAGCGGGCAUGAUGCUUCAGGCUAUGGCAGAAGUCGUUCGUGCAGAAAUGGUGGCAAGGGCAAUCACGAGGUCGCCGGUGGCUUUGUUGUUCAGACUUUACACAAUGUACCAGCCGGGCGGUGAAAGUGAAAAGGCGUAUAUCUUGCAGUAUUUGGUGUCUCCACCGAAGGCUUCUACGGCUACCGACUUGGUGACCAUUCUUCGUCAGUGGGAACGAUUGCUCUUGAGGGUGGACAACCUGAGUAUUGAAAAACCAGAUCCAUCGUUGUUGGUCCGAGGCUUGAACAACGUGGUCUCCGAGCUGCGGGCGAAGGACAUCCACGACAACGGGACCUACGACGACUUCUACAAGUACGCCAGCGAGUGGAAGCGGAGGGCACUUGGCCAGCGGAUGCCCACGAAGAACGAGGGCGGUGAUGGAACACCUUUCAAACCGAAAGGGAAAGCCAAGCCAAAGAGUGCGCCGACAACGCCUACAGCGAAGGAUGAUGGAGGACAGGGUGGUUCAGCGGCAGCAAGAGCGAUGGUUGCUGAACCGGAACCACAGCCACCAGCUCCUACGUCGCCGGUGAAUCAGGAAGGCAGUCAGCAAGGCUCCCAGUCAGGGGAGGUCAAGGACGCGUUGAGAGAUGCAGCGCAAGCCCUGAGGUCGUUGAUGAGUCCGGGAUCUACGACGGCUUCGUCUCCUGCGUCAACCUUGGAAGGCCUGCAACGCCAACUUGAUGAGCUGCGACUGAAGACGAUGAAGGUGUCAGAGGAGGUGAGCGUUUUAAGAAUGACACAGCGAACUCCGUUGGAUGGGCGGGCUGCGCUUGAGCCUACAGAG